AAAGUUACAGACAGUUAUUGAAUCUGCGUGUAAAGCUGCAGAGACAGCAUGAGCGGUGGGAGCGGCGGAGAGGAGCGGUGUCCACAGAGGUCGCCUGCGGGGGCAAGCGGUGUGGUGACAGGAGGACCUUCACAUAACACGAGCUUUGCCCACUUUGAUCUGCUGAGGAAACGCCGGGAGCAGGAAGAGCUUGACGCAAAGCUCAAGGAGCGCAAACAGAGGUUGGAGAGUGUGCAACAGAGCAAAGUUGAGUUGCAGAAGAAGUUAGAAAAAGUAAAGGAGUUACACUCCAGCUGUGAUUUUCUGCUCAAGGAUGCAGAUGCUGAUCGAGCUGUUGAGAAAGCAGAGAGGGAGAGGACAGAGAGGCUUCAUCUGGCUGGAAAGAUGGAGAGGCUAAAGGUGGAGCAUGCUAAACUGAUAGAGAUGAAACAGGAGCUACAGCGUCAGGUGCAGAGACACUCUGUGUAUCCAGACUUCAUGGAGUGUGUGGUCAAAAUGACAAAGUUUGAUAAUGUGCAGGAGCUCACGGGUCAUUUAGAGAGCCUUCUUCACUUCAGAGACCAUCUCUAUCAGAAAGAGAUUAAGGCGCAGGAGCAGGUCCACCAGCAGAGGAAAGAACUUCGGAAACUAGAGGACCAGCAUCGCUUGCUGCGACUGCAAAAAAACAACCAGCUGUCCCAGCUCCAGACUGAGCUAGAGAAGACGUGCUCUGAGGCUCUUAUAUGGGGAAGGGAGUGGACCCACAUUGAGGAAACAGCAGCAAAGAAAACACUAACACUCGGGAAGAUUAAGAUGGCAACCCUCAACCUAUAUGAAAUGAUAGACGACAAGGUAGAGGGAGAGGAGUCUGUGGAUAUAAAUGACACAGAGAAACAGCUGGACAAGGCCAAGAUUUUCAUCAAAGACCACCAGGACAUAGUGAAACAACAUCAGACUCCCUUGCAGAAGCAAGAUGGAAAGAAAAAAGAAAAGUCCAAAAAGCGCAUUGCAACUAAUAUUAAAAAAACUGCUUAG